AUGGCUAGAAAAGAAAAGAAAAAUACUACUUGUGAACGUUGCGGCAAAUCAUUGUCAACACCUCAAAGACUCCGUGAACAUCGUAGGCGAAAAAAUCCGUGCAAACCAAUUAUUACAGAAAAUUUACUUAAUGAAGAAUUUCAGCGAUUGGCUAAUAUUACAGGAGAUUAUGAAAAAAAUUUAGUAUUUCGUGAGCAAGAAUUAGGUCCCGCACUUAAAAGACGAGCUAUAGCCGUAUACAAUGCAAACAUCCCUAGAUAUCACCCGGAUAAUGGAAGUGAUGUAAGAAAAAUGCUGGAAAGCCAAAGAAAAUCUUUCCGAGAGUUGCUAGAAAAAGAAUUCGAUAAGCGCGGGCAAUUUAAGUUUGCAUUAUGUUCACUUACCAAAUUCAUUAUGGGUGACAAACCUGGAAAUAAAGACUCGCAGAAUGAGGACGCCUCUACUCCUAAGCAAAGAAGUUCGAAAAUCGAUUGGUUACGAAAUAAGCAAAUCAUAGUAUACAAUCGAUCAGAAAUUGAUAAUUAUUUAAGUGACGCAUUUGAGCAAAUCUUACAUCAAGUGGAGGAGAGAGGUGGCAAAACAAACGUUUAG